AUGAUUGUUGAUAGAUUAGGUUGGGUUGACAUGAUUGUUGAUAGAUCAGGUUGGGUUGACAUGAUUGUUGAUAGAUCAGGUUGGGUUGACAUGAUUGUUGAUAGAUCAGGUUGGGUUGACAUGAUUAUUGAUAGAUCAGGUUGGGUUGACAUGAUUAUUGAUAGAUCAGGUUGGGUUGACAUGAUUAUUGAUAGAUCAGGUUGGGUUGACAUGAUUGUUGAUAGAUCAGGUUGGGUUGACAUGAUUAUUGAUAGAUCAGGUUGGGUUGACAUGAUUGUUGAUAGAUCAGGUUGGGUUGACAUGAUUGUUGAUAGAUCAGGUUGGGUUGACAUGAUUGUUGAUAGAUCAGGUUGGGUUGACAUGAUUGUUGAUAGAUCAGGUUGGGUUGACAUGAUUAUUGAUAGAUCAGGUUGGGUUGACAUGACAGUUGAUAGAUCAGGUUGGGUUGACAUGAUUGUUGAUAGAUCAGGUUGGGUUGACAUGAUUAUUGAUAGAUCAGGUUGGGUUGACAUGAUUGUUGAUAGAUUAGGUUGGGUUGACAUGAUUAUUGAUAGAUCAGGUUGGGUUGACAUGAUUAUUGAUAGAUCAGGUUGGGUUGACAUGAUUGUUGAUAGAUCAGGUUGGGUUGACAUGAUUAUUGAUAGAUCAGGUUGGGUUGACAUGAUUGUUGAUAGAUCAGGUUGGGUUGACAUGAUUGUUGAUAGAUCAGGUUGGGUUGACAUGAUUGUUGAUAGAUCAGGUUGGGUUGACAUGAUUGUUGAUAGAUCAGGUUGGGUUGACAUGAUUAUUGAUAGAUCAGGUUGGGUUGACAUGACAGUUGAUAGAUCAGGUUGGGUUGACAUGAUUGUUGAUAGAUCAGGUUGGGUUGACAUGAUUAUUGAUAGAUCAGGUUGGGUUGACAUGAUUGUUGAUAGAUUAGGUUGGGUUGACAUGAUUGUUGAUAGAUCAGGUUGGGUUGACAUGAUUGUUGAUAGAUCAGGUUGGGUUGACAUGAUUGUUGAUAGAUCAGGUUGGGUUGACAUGAUUAUUGAUAGAUCAGGUUGGGUUGACAUGACAGUUGAUAGAUCAGGUUGGGUUGACAUGACAGUUGAUAGAUCAGGUUGGGUUGACAUGACAGUUGAUAGGUCAGGUUGGAUUGACAUGAUUGUUGAUAGAUCAGGUUGGGUUGACAUGAUUGUUGAUAGAUCAGGUUGGGUUGACAUGAUUAUUGAUAGAUCAGGUUGGGUUGACAUGAUUGUUGAUAGAUCAGGUUGGGUUGACAUGAUUAUUGAUAGAUCAGGUUGGGUUGACAUGACAGUUGACAGGUCAGGUUGA